AAAAUGGAUGUCGGUGGAGUGAAAGUUCUGGAGUCGGCUGAUGACAUCCAGGAGCGCCGUCAGCAAGUCUUGGACCGGUACCGACGCUUCAAAGAGCUGUCUGCUGUGCGCAGACAGAAACUUGAGGACUCCUACCGGUUUCAGUUCUUUCGUCGUGAUGCCGAUGAGCUGGAAAAAUGGAUCCAAGAGAAAUUACAGAUUGCUUCUGAUGAGAACUACAAAGACCCCAGUAACUUACAGGGAAAGCUCCAGAAACAUCAAGCAUUUGAGGCAGAGGUGCAGGCCAAUGCUGGAGCCAUCGUUAAACUGGAUGAGACUGGCAACCUCAUGAUAUCUGAAAGCCACUUUGCAUCUGAAACCAUCCGGACCCGUCUAGAGGAACUUCAUCGUCUGUGGGAUCUGCUCCUGCAGAAGACUAAAGAAAAGGGAGUGCGUCUCCUGCAGGCCCAGAAGCUGGUGCAGUACCUGCGUGAGUGUGAGGAUGCCCUGGACUGGAUCAGCGACAAGGAAGCUAUUGUCACCUCAGAGGAGCUUGGACAAGACCUGGAGCAUGUAGAGGUUCUGCAGAAGAAGUUUGAGGAGUUCCAGACAGACUUGGCGGCUCACGAAGAGCGCGUGAACGAGGUGAACCAGGCAGCGGGUAAGCUAACCCAGGAGAACCACCCGGAGGCCGAGCUAAUCUUGAAGAAGCAGGAGGAGGUGAACAAUGCCUGGCAGAGGCUAAAGGGAUUGGCUCAGCAGAGGCAGGGAAAGCUGUUCGGAGCUGCUGAAGUCCAGCGUUUCAACAGGGACGUGGAUGAGACAAUCAGUUGGAUCAAGGAGAAGGAGCAGCUCAUGGCAUCUGAUGAUUUUGGUCGGGACCUUGCCAGCGUUCAGGCUUUGCUCCGGAAACAUGAGGGACUGGAGAGAGACCUGGCUGCCUUGGAGGACAAGGUGAACACGCUUGGAGGUGAGGCGGACCGUUUGCAGCAAACACACCCUCAAAACGCCACUCAGAUCCACAUGAAGAGGGAUGAACUCAUUACCAACUGGGAGCAGAUCCGCACAUUGGCUGCUGAGCGUCACGCCCACCUCAAUGACUCCUAUAGGCUGCAGCGAUUCACUGCGGAUUUCCGGGACCUGACCAGCUGGGUGACGGAGAUGAAGGCUCUGAUCAACGCAGAUGAGCUGGCCAACGAUGUGGCUGGUGCAGAAGCUCUGCUAGAUCGCCACCAGGAGCAUAAGGGUGAGAUUGAUGCUCAUGAGGACAGUUUUAAAUCUACUGAUGAGGCCGGUCAAGCUCUGCUGAAUACGGGACACUAUGCAUCAGAGGAGGUUAAGGAAAAGCUGGGCAUCCUGACUGAAGAAAAGGUGUCUCUUCUGGAGCUGUGGGAACUGCGCAGGCAGCAAUAUGAACAGUGCAUGGACCUGCAGCUGUUUUACAGGGAUACUGAGCAGGUCGACAACUGGAUGAGCAAGCAAGAGGCUUUUCUACUGAAUGAGGACCUUGGAGACUCACUGGACAGUGUUGAAGCUCUUUUAAAGAAACAUGAAGACUUUGAGAAAUCCCUCAGUGCCCAGGAGGAGAAGAUCACUGCCCUGGAUGAAUUUGCAACCAAACUGAUCCAGAACAACCAUUACGCCAAAGAGGACGUGGCUACCCGCAGAGAUGCACUGCUGAGCAGACGCAAUGCUCUUCACGAGCGUGCCCAGUUUCGCCGCACCGCCCUGGAGGACUCUUUCCAUCUGCAGCAGUUCUUCCGGGACUCUGAUGAACUCAAGAGCUGGAUCAAUGAAAAGAUGAAAACAGCUACAGAUGAAGCCUAUAAGGAUCCGUCUAACCUGCAAGGGAAAGUGCAGAAACAUCAAGCUUUCGAAGCCGAGCUCUCUGCCAACCAAAGCCGCAUUGACGCGCUUCAGAAGUCAGGCCAGGAGCUGGUUGAUAGGGAACACUAUGCCUCCGGCGAGGUGUCCACUCGAAUGGAUGAGGUCAGCUCUCAGUGGAAGAAACUUCUAGAAGCAACUGAACUCAAAGGGAUUAAAUUGCGUGAAGCCAACCAGCAGCAGCAGUUCAAUCGUAAUGUGGAGGACAUCGAGCUGUGGUUGUAUGAGGUGGAGGGACACCUUGCCUCUGAUGAUUUUGGGAAAGACCUGACCAGUGUCCAGAACCUUCAGAAGAAACACGCUCUCCUGGAAGCAGAUGUGGCAGCCCAUCAGGACCGUAUUGAUGGCAUCACCAUUCAAGCCAGGCAGUUCCAGGAAGCCGGCCAUUUUGACGCAGAAAACAUCCGUAAAAAACAAGAAGCUCUGGUGGCGCGUUACGAGGCCCUGAAGGAGCCAAUGGCUGCCCGUAAACAGAAGCUGUCAGACUCUCUGCGUCUGCAGCAGCUUUUCAGAGAUGUGGAGGAUGAAGAGACCUGGAUCCGAGAGAAGGAACCCAUCGCUUCCUCCACCAACAGGGGAAAAGAUCUCAUUGGAGUGCAGAACCUUCUGAAGAAGCACCAGGCCCUACAGGCAGAGAUCUCUGGCCAUGAGCCCAGGAUCAAGGCUGUUUCCCAGAAAGGCGAGGCGAUGGUGGAGGAGGGUCACUUUGCUGGAGAGGAAGUGAAGGCUAAGCUGCAGGAGCUGCACAACCGCUGGGAUGGACUGAAGGGAAAAGCAACCCAGCGUAGACAGGAUCUGGAGGACUCUCUGCAGGCCCAGCAGUACUUCGCUGAUGCCAACGAAGCAGAGUCCUGGAUGAGAGAGAAAGAGCCCAUCGUAGGAAGCACCGAUUAUGGGAAGGAUGAGGACUCAGCAGAGGCCUUGCUGAAGAAGCACGAAGCAUUGAUGUCUGAUCUGAGCGCAUAUGGAAGCAGCAUCCAUGCUCUUAAAGAACAGGCUCAGUCCUGCAGACAACAAGUGGCCCCCACUGACGAUGAGACCGGUAAGGAGCUGGUUCUUGCUCUGUAUGACUACCAGGAGAAGAGUCCACGAGAGGUCACCAUGAAGAAGGGUGACAUCCUCACCCUGCUCAACAGCACCAACAAGGACUGGUGGAAAGUGGAAGUGAAUGACAGGCAGGGAUUUGUUCCCGCGGCGUACGUGAAAAAGUUGGACCCAACUCAGUCGUCCUCUCGCGAGAAUCUGCUGGACGAACAAGGCAGCAUUGCUCUGCGACAGGAGCAGAUUGACAAUCAGACUGCCACCAAGGAGGCAUGCAGCGUAUCUGUGCGCAUGAAGCAGGUGGAGGAACUGUAUGGUACUCUGAUAGAUUUGGGAGAGAAGAGAAAGGACAUGCUAGAGAAGAGUUGCAAGAAGUUUAUGCUUUUCCGUGAGGCGAAUGAGCUGCAGCAGUGGAUCAACGAGAAGGAGUCGGCUCUUACGAACGAAGAGGUCGGCUCUGAUCUGGAGCAGGUGGAGGUCCUGCAGAAGAAGUUUGAUGAUUUCCAGAAGGAUCUGAAGGCAAAUGAGUCUCGUCUAAGGGACAUUAACAAGGUGGCAUCAGAGCUGGAGUCUGAAGGGCUGAUGGCAGAGGAAGCUCCGGUCGUACAGGCCCAGCAACUAGAGGUGCUGGGCUCAGCUCCUGGCAAGGAUGAAGCAGACACCAAAGGCGCAUCUCCAUGGAAGUCCGUUCGUUUGGCUGUUCAAACAACGGCCAACUUUAAUACUAUUAAGGAGCUGAACAACCGCUGGAGGUCCCUGCAGCAGCUGGCAGAGGACCGAAGCAACAUGUUGGGCAGCGCUCAUGAGGUGCAGAGGUUCCACAGAGAUGCAGAUGAGACCAAGGAAUGGAUUGAAGAGAAGAAUCAAGCCCUGAACACUGAUAACUACGGCCAUGAUCUCGCCAGCGUGCAGGCUCUGCAGCGUAAGCACGAGGGCUUCGAGAGAGACCUGGCUGCUCUUGGUGACAAGGUAAACUCUCUGGGUGAGACCGCUGAGCGUCUGAUUCAGUCUCAUCCUGAAGCUGUGGAUGACAUCCAGGAGAAAUGCACCGAGCUAAACACCGCCUGGAGCAGCUUGGUGGGUCGCGCUGACCAACGCAAAGAAAAACUGGGCAACUCUCACGAUCUCCAGCGCUUCCUCAGUGAUUUCAGGGAUCUCAUGUCCUGGAUCAAUGGUAUCAGAGGGCUGGUGUCUUCAGAUGAGCUGGCUAAGGAUGUCACGGGAGCUGAAGCCCUGCUAGAGAGACACCAGGAGCACCGCACUGAGAUUGAUGCCCGUGCAGGCACCUUCCAGGCCUUUGAACAGUUUGGACAGCAGCUGCUGGACCAUGGCCACUACGCCAGCCCUGAGAUCCAAGAGAAGCUGAAUGCCCUCGACCGUGAGCGCGCCGACCUGGAGAAGGCUUGGGUACAACGCAGGAUGAUGUUGGACCAGUGUUUGGAGCUGCAGCUGUUCAACCGCGACUGUGAGCAGGCUGAGAACUGGAUGGCAGCACGUGAGGCUUUUCUGGCUAGUGACGAUAAGGGUGACUCAUUGGACAGCGUAGAGGCUCUUAUCAAGAAACACGAGGACUUUGACAAAGCCAUCAAUGUGCAGGAAGAGAAGAUUGCAGCCCUUCAGUCUUUCGCUGACCAGCUCAUUAGCGCUGACCAUUACGCCAAACCUGAUAUUUUCACCCGACGCAAUGAGGUCUUGGACAGGUGGCGCCGUCUCAAGGCUCAGAUGAUCGAGAAGCGCUCCAAGCUGGGCGAGUCGCAGACUCUUCAGCAGUUCAGCAGAGACGUGGAUGAGAUCGAGGCGUGGAUCAGCGAGAAGCUUCAGACCGCCACCGACGAGUCUUAUAAGGACCCUACCAACAUCCAGCUGUCCAAACUGCUGAGCAAACACCAGAAGCACCAGGCUUUUGAGGCUGAGUUACACGCUAAUGCUGACCGUAUCCGCGGGGUCAUUGACACGGGCAAUGCUCUCAUCCAGAGAGGUGCCUGUGCUGGAAGUGAGGACGCCGUCAAGACUCGUCUUAAUGCUCUGGAUGAGCAGUGGCAGUUCCUGGUCAACAAAUCUGCCGAGAAGAGUCAGAAACUGAAGGAGGCAAACAAGCAGCAGAACUUCAACACUGGCAUCAAGGACUUUGACUUUUGGUUGUCUGAGGUUGAGGCUCUUCUUGCCUCUGAGGAUUAUGGGAAAGACCUGGCCUCAGUUAACAAUCUACUUAAGAAGCAUCAGCUUUUGGAGGCCGACAUCUCUGCUCAUGAGGACCGUCUGAAAGAUCUCAAUGGCCAGGCUGACAGCCUGAUGGGCAGCAACGCCUUUGACACCACUCAAGUCAAGGACAAGCGUGACGCCGUGAAUGGUCGCUUUGUCAAAAUCAAGAGCAUGGCUGCUGGACGCCGUGCCAAACUGAACGAGUCGCAUCGUCUGCACCAGUUUUUCAGGGACCUGGAUGAUGAAGAAUCUUGGAUAAAGGAAAAGAAGCUGUUGGUGAGCUCGGAGGAUUACGGACGUGAUUUGACAGGAGUACAGAAUCUGAGGAAGAAGCAUAAGAGGCUGGAGGCUGAGUUGGGCGCUCAUGAACCAGCAAUUCAGUCUGUGUUGGAUACUGGGAAGAAGCUGUCUGAUGACAACACCAUCGGACAAGAAGAGAUCCAGCAGAGGUUGGCUCAGUUUGUGGAGCACUGGAAGGAGCUGAAGGAUUUGGCUGCUGCUCGUGGUCAGCGACUGGAAGAGUCACUGGAAUACCAGCAGUUUGUGGCAAAUGUGGAAGAAGAGGAAGCCUGGAUUAAUGAGAAACUUAACCUGGUUGCAAGUGAGGAUUACGGUGAUACGCUGGCAGCUGUGCAGGGCUUGUUGAAGAAGCAUGAAGCAUUCGAGACCGAUUUUACUGUGCACAGGGAUCGAGUCAAUGAUGUGUGUUCCAAUGGAGAUGAACUCAUUAAGAAGGAGAACCACCACGUGGAGAACAUCAUGGCCAAAAUGAAGUCCCUGCGUGGGAAGGUGUCAGAGCUUGAGAGAGCCGCAGCCCAGAGGAAGGCCAAGUUAGAUGAAAACUCUGCCUUCCUGCAGUUUAACUGGAAGGCCGACGUGGUCGAGUCUUGGAUUGGUGAAAAGGAAAACAGCCUGAAGACCGAUGACUAUGGUCGUGAUCUCUCCUCUGUGCAGACACUGCUCACCAAACAAGAAACCUUUGAUGCUGGUCUUCAGGCCUUCCAGCAGGAGGGCAUCACCAACAUCACAGCCCUGAAAGACCAGCUGCUAGCAGCCAAACAUGUUCAGUCUAAAGCCAUUGAGGCUCGCCAUGCCACCCUGAUGAAGCGUUGGAACCAACUGCUGUCCAACUCAGCUGCCCGUAAGAAGAAGCUCUUGGAGGCCCAGGAGCACUUUAGAAAGGUUGAGGAUCUGUUCCUCACCUUUGCCAAGAAGGCUUCAGCCUUCAACAGCUGGUUUGAGAACGCAGAGGAAGAUCUGACCGACCCCGUGAGGUGCAACUCUCUGGAGGAGAUCAGGGCGCUGCGAGACGCCCAUGACGCGUUCCGCUCAUCUCUCAGCUCUGCCGAGGCCGACUUCAACCAGCUGGCAGAACUCGAUCGCCAGAUCAAGAGUUAUCAAGUGGCGUCCAACCCCUAUACCUGGUUUACCAUGGAGGCGCUAGAGGAGACCUGGAGGAACCUUCAGAAGAUCAUUAAGGAACGAGAGCUGGAGCUGCAGAAGGAGCAGAGGAGACAGGAGGAGAACGAUAAACUCCGACAGGAGUUUGCCCAGCAUGCCAAUGCUUUCCACCAAUGGCUGCAGGAGACCAGGACAUAUCUUCUGGAUGGCAUAGCCUAUCGGAGGGUAAUCCGUGUCUAUCAGUAUGAAGUCGAUGAUGAUCUUUCUGGAAGGUCCUGCAUGGUGGAAGAAUCCGGUACAUUAGAGUCCCAGCUAGAGGCAACUAAGCGCAAGCACCAGGAGAUCCGUGCCAUGCGCAGUCAGCUGAAGAAGAUCGAGGACCUGGGGGCAGCCAUGGAGGAGGCGCUGAUCCUGGAUAACAAAUACACCGAACACAGCACAGUGGGUCUGGCCCAACAGUGGGAUCAGCUCGACCAGCUGGGCAUGAGGAUGCAACAUAACCUGGAACAACAGAUCCAAGCCAGAAACACUACAGGAGUAACAGAGGAGGCACUCAAGGAGUUCAGCAUGAUGUUCAAGCACUUCGACAAAGAAAAAUCUGGACGUCUAAACCACCAGGAGUUCAAGUCCUGCCUCCGGUCUCUGGGUUACGACCUGCCCAUGGUGGAAGAAGGAGAACCAGACCCAGAGUUCGAGUCCAUCCUGGACAUAGUGGAUCCCAACAGGGAUGGCAACGUGUCCUUGCAAGAAUAUAUGGCGUUCAUGAUCAGCCGAGAAACGGAGAAUGUGAAGUCAAGCGAGGAGAUCGAGAGCGCCUUCCGUGCACUCAGCGCCGAGAACAAACCUUACGUCACCAAGGAAGAGUUAUACCAGAACUUGACCAAGGAACAAGCAGACUACUGCAUUUCCCACAUGAAGCCCUAUCUGGACGGCAAGGGCCGCGAAAUCCCAUCAGCGUUCGACUUCGUGGAAUUCACCCGCUCGCUUUUCGUCAACUGAUCCCUUCCCCUCUUGCCUGCCAGUGACCAAUCGGGAUGCGUUUCCCUUUCACAAGACCACACGACUAAACUGCAUGGAUCUGAAUCGAGUAUUCUCUAUAGCAUUAAGUAUAGCGAUGUCUGUAUCUCACUAUCAAUCUUAACCGUUGCAUAUUUAUCUGACACUUCACUGACAAUAGUCGUAGUAGUGGAUCUGUCUGCAUUUUAUUGUGGUUGUUUUAGCUGUUAAGUGCUUUGCUUUAAAAAAAAAAACACCUAUAGAGGAUGUGCUGUAACAUCACCAACGAGACUGCAGUGUGCUUCAAUAAACGCUACUGGUUAUAACUGGA